AUGUCUGCUCCACCUUCAAAACCGUCACAACCAACAGCAACAACAUUUAAUGAACGUCUCAAUGAGCAAUUAAUUAACUGCUUGAAUGUUCAGACAAAUGUUAUACAAAAUUUAUCUCAAUAUUCACAACAUAUUUCAUUACAACUUUUCGAAAUUAAGAAUAUUGUUGAAAUCCUUUCAAAUCGAGUACUAGCUCUUCAACAACAGCAACAACAACCAUAUUUUGCACCGAGUCCAUAUGCAGCAUCAUAUUAUCCAAAUUAUAUGCCUCAACAACCGAUGCCAGUUUCUCAUCCGCCAGCAUCUACUCAUCCUCAUCCAGCUCCUCCGGUUCCAUUUUCUGUCCAACCACCACCACCACAACAACAACCUGUUCCUAUACGCCAACCAGCAAUGACUACAGCAGCUACAAGUUCAAAUUUUCCGUUCUUUCCUACAGCUCCCGCUAAUCCGCCAACAUCAUUACCUUCAAGUACUCCAUCUUUUCAGUUUUCUACACCGGCUGUAGUAUCAUCGUCACAAACAAUUAAUACAAAUUCAUUACCAGCGCUAGCAACAACAACAUCACCGUCAAAAUCGUUUUUUUCCAAUCUGCCAAAAUUCAGCAUGACUGAUACGACUACUAAACCACCAUCUCUACUAUCAACGAUUGUACCAACAACAACAGCCACAACAAACAACACAAAUGAAAAGUCUUCAAAUAGCAGUCCAUUUAUGUUUGGUACUAAUAACAUGACAUCCACUUUUGGUACUGCAGUUUUAAGUACUGGUUCAUCAAAUACUUCAAUAGUAAAGCCGGAAACUAAUGUCGAUGACGAAGGUGAUGGUGGCGGUGAAGACGAAUCAUAUGAACCAAAUGUUUCAUUCAAACCGAUUAUUCAAUUAUCUGCUGUAGAAGUUAAAACAGGCGAAGAAGAUGAAAAUGUACUAUUUUGUGAACGUGGAAAACUUUAUCGUUUCGACUCGGGUACCAAUCAAAUGAAAGAGCGUGGUACUGGUGAAAUGAAAAUUUUACAACAUAAAGCAACGCAUGUAUGCCGUGUUUUAAUGCGUCGUGAACAAGUCUUGAAAAUCUGUGCUAAUCAUCAGAUAACAUCACAAAUGGAUUUGAAAGUACAUCAAGGUUCUGCGAAUGCUUUUAUUUGGUCAGCAAUGGACUUUGCCGAUGGUGAAGCAAAACAUGAAACAUUAUGUAUUCGAUUUAAAACUGAUGAACAAGCUAAAAACUUUCAGAAAGUAUUUAAUGAAGCAAAGGAAAUAAACACAAAAAAAACCGGUGAUGUACCAUCCGUUGGAAAAAUCUCUUUAAAUGAUGAAACAAAAUCAAAACCAAGCACAAAUGAUGAUGACAUUGUUUCACUUGGUGAAGUUAAGCCAUCAGCCGAACAAAUCGAUCGAGCGAAAAAAUUGCAACUACCAUCGACUUUCUUUUUAUAUGAAAAUAAAGAACCGUGCAAAGGUUGUCCCGGCUGUGAACAAGAUACACCAUCUAUUGUACCUGAUGAAAAUAAAACAGCAAUAAAAAACCAAACCGAUGCAGUUAAAAAUGAUGUAAAAGUAACAACUCCUCAAUCACAAUCAACAACAUCUGCACCGAAAACACCAUUGAGUUCAAGUGAAAAUAUUAAAUUUUCAUUCACAAAUUCUGACAAAACUCAAUCACAAUUACAAAAACAAUCAUCAACGACAAAAGAAGAAAAAUCAUCCGUUGAGUCAUCUUCACCCGCUCCUAAUGCAACAUCACCGUACGAUAGUAAACCGUCUAUAUUUGGUAAUUUUAAUGGUAACUCUAAUACAUCAAUAUUUGGAGCUUCAACACCAACAAAUAAUACCAGUAGUUCCAUAUUUGGUGCUAGUGCAACAUUCAAACCAAAUACUAAUAAUAUUGGUUUUUCUUUUCCUGGCUUUGGCAAUGCACCAGCAACAUCAGCAGCCGCUCCACCUACCAAUGGAUUUCAAUUUUCUUCGCCAUCGACACCAUCUUCAUCAACAAAUGCAGUAGCACCAUUUUCAUUUGGAGCAGCAUUAGCAUCAGCAUCAACGAACAAACCAGUUUUUGGUAAUUCACCAAAAUUUAGUUUUUCUGAUGUAGCUAAACAAUCGCCAACAUUGAAUGAUAAGACAUCCAGCAGUGGUGCCGACCAACGAGUCUUUGCUGGCCAAGGUUCACUUAUCUUCGGUACUAAUGUAGCUAAUACAAGUAUAAAAGCAACAAAUAAUAAUGAUGACGACGAAGGUGAUGGUGGCGGUGAAGAUGAAUCAUACGAACCAAAUGUUUCAUUCAAACCCAUUGUUCAAUUAUCUGCUGUGGAAGUUAAAACAGGUGAAGAAGACGAAAAUGUACUAUUUUGUGAACGUGGAAAACUAUAUCGUUUCGACUCCGAAGCUAAUCAAAUGAAAGAACGUGGUAUUGGUGAAAUGAAAAUUUUACAACAUAAAACAACAAAUCUAUUCCGUAUUUUAAUGCGUCGUGAACAAGUCUUGAAAUUAUGUGCUAAUCAUCAGAUAACAUCACAAAUGGAUUUGAAACCACAUCAAGGUUCAGAAAAUGCUUAUGUUUGGUCAGCAAUGGACUUUGCCGAAGGUGAAGCAAAACAUGAAACAUUAUGUGUAAAAUUUAAAUCGAGUGAAGUAGCAAAACGAUUUGUUCAACAAUUUAAUGAAGCUAAACAAGCCAAUGCUAAUCAUCCUCCUAAAGCGGCAUUUCAUCACCUUCGUUAUUAUCGUCGCAUAGAAGAGAGAAGAAUCGGAGCGCGACCAACCCAAAUUUUCCCUCCUGCUCAGUACUUCGCUGUCCAUUUUUAA